AUGUCAUCAACACCUUCUUCACCAUCUAAAAGGUCAAUAUUAUCUCCAAAACCAUCAAAUAUUAACACUUCACCAAUUAAAAGACCCUCUUCUUCAAUUUUGCUAAAAUCUCCACCUAAAAAGUUUCAUUUUAAGUUAUCACCAUCUCCGAAAAAAAAAACAAAAACAGUAGGUUUUACUAUAUGGGAAGAUAAAAUAGAUGUAUCAAAUUCAACUCAUGAAAUAAUUGGAACAAAUACAACAAAUGAAUUAAAUCAUAAUGAUCAAGAGAAUAUUUUACAAAAACAUCAAAUUAAAAGAAAUGGUAAUAGGACCGUAUUAGGAGAUUUGGACAUUAAUGAAUUUAAAGGUUUUAUUACUUGUAAUGGUAGAUGUGAAUCAUUGACUGAUUUAUAUCAACCUAUAAAUUUCAAUAAUGAAUUUAAAUCAUUACAUAAAUAUACAAAUUUACCAAAUUAUUGUACACCAAUUAGGAAAGAUAAAUAUAUAAUGAAAUCAAAUAAUGGUUUCAAUGAAGAAGAUGAGAUGGAAACAUUAUUAAUUAAAAAACAACAAAUUUUAACUAAUCAAAAUAAAACUAACUUAAUUAGAAAACAUAAAAGAUCAAUGUCAGUAGGUAAGAAUGAAGCUAAAUUAAAUUUAAUUAGAAAGAAUAAAUUUAGCAUCUUAUCAAACUAG